AUGGACGGAAAACAUGUAGUCCUACAAGCUCCAUUUAAUAGUGGAAGUGAGUAUUUUAAUUACAAAGGAAAUUUUAGCAUUGUAUUAUUUGCACUCGUUGAUUCCAACUAUAACUUCAUUUACGUAAAUGCCGGAUGUCAGGGUAGAAUUUCGGAUGGCAGAGUUUUCAAAAAUUGUGAGUUAUAUAAAAAAAUGGAAAAUAACUCGUUGAAUAUACCAGCCCCAAUACCAUUACCGGGAAGAGAAAUACCACUGCCAUAUUUUGUACUUGGUGAUGAGGCAUUUCCACUGAAUGAACAUGUCAUGAAAGUGUUUUCGGGUUUACAUCCCAAAGGUUCUGUUAAAAGAAAUUUCAACUAUCGCUUAUGCAGGGCCCGCCGUGUUGUCGGAAUUUCAUCUUCGGUGUUUCGUGUUUUACGUAAGCCUAUUGGAACCCGAAAAAGCAGAGGUUAUAGUGAUGGCUGUAGCACACCUCCAUAA